UGUGAUUCCUACUUCUGCGCGAUCGUUGAGUCAUGCGGGUCGACGCGCUGCGCUUCACGAGUCGCCUCGUCGCCGAGCGGGAGGCGGACAACCGCAUGCGGUUGCACCAAAAGCGUCUCCGCUGCAUUGAGCGAGGCUCUAGCUCAACGCGCUUGGCCAGCGAGCCGCAUCGCGCAACGGAUGCGCUUGCCCGGCACGCAGCGGCGACGCGUAGGGUGGCGGAGGCGCGGGAGCAACGGAUAUCAACCGAGAACCGGAUGUUAGAAGAGCGCCGCCGUGCGCUAGGCUGCGCCGCCUUGCGCGAACGAGAGCGUGAGCGGCAGCUCUGCUCCAACCGCGCCAGAGCGGAAGGCGCGGCCGCGCGAGAGCGGAAGGCGGCGAGAGCGGCGCUGGCCGAGGAGAAUGAGCGAUUGCGACAGCGCCUCGGCCGCGUCCGGCCCUCCUUUUCGAGGCCGUGAUGUGGCAUAUAGCGCCUCCCUGGGCCGCGCGCCGGCGUCACUCACUUCAACUCACCAAGACGUGGGAGUAUGCGGCCCCGGCGGCCCGUUGUCAUCCUCUUACAGGACAUUUUUCGGUGCUU